UUUUCUGGGCCAGUGCUUUGAGACUACAGCCUUGUCCUUGGCUUAGCUAAAGAGAUGGUUGAAUUUCAUUGGUGGCCAUAAUUAACUAUGUUCCAUCUGCAAAAUCACCAAGGGAGUAUUCUCCAUUAGUUGUCUAAAUCUAAUCCGGGACCAAAUGCGCCUUAAGUGUAGAGAAAUGUGCUGAUCUUUACUGCGUUAAUACAUGCAAGACAGGCAGAGUUUUGCCUGCAUAUGCUGUGGUCAUUAGGAGUCCGAUCAUGAAAUUGUAGUACUAUAAUAAAGCCACAGACUUACUGCAGUGCUUACAGCAGCUUUUGCAGAGGUAAAAAAAGGUUUAGGACUUAAAAGGCACGCAGUGUGAGAUGUAUCUAAUUUUAAAUGUUGAAUAAGUGCCAUAUAAACCAGACAGGGAUAGCCAGGUGCCAAAAGAGAGGAUUAUGUAGAUUAAAUAAUAUUUGUGCAUGUUAAGUCAGAUUUAUGUGUGUAGCGCUUGUAUGUUUCAAUGCAGCUUUACAGAAAAUGAUGAUGUUGAUGUUUAGAAUAUCUUAAUGUAUGUCUUCAUGUGUACUUUCAUAUUAUCUUUAUAUGAAAAGCUGGAUAAUAUUAUUACAUUUUUGUAUCUUUUAUCUCAAAGUGUCUUCGUUGUAGGCAUUGCAUUUCACAAGCUUUCCAUUUGAUGGAUGACCCUGAUGAGACGAUGCCAGGUUCUCGGUGCAAAAACACAAGCUGAACAUGGACGACACACAGGAAGAAGCCUCUGGAUCUGAGGCCCCUGAACAGGUCACCCAACCAUGGACGUUUUCCAAAUCAUCAUUGAUUAGAAAGCUGAGACAGCACUUAAUCAGUUCACGAUCGAGGCCCACCAUGGCGGCGCCGAGCUCCGGCGGACUCGAGGUCCUCCUCAGCACACUGCAGAACGCUGGAGACAUCGAGAGCAUGCUAAACAUCCUCAACGUCCUGGAUGAACUCUUGUCCGCAGGCACAGACAGACGGAUUCAUCAUAUGAUAUCAAAAGGAGGCAGCGAGGCUCUGCUGACGGCUCUGGUGAACUCAGCCUGCAGCUUCAUGCCCAACUACACCAUCCUACUGCUGCUGCUGCACCUGCUGGCCAAGGUGGGCUACCGAGAUCGUCAGAUUGGUCUUAAAGCGCAGAAGGCAGAUGCAGUUCUGGUGGUUCUGGGUUUGCUACGGCAGAAUACAGAGAACGCCCGGAGAGCCGCUGCCUGUCUUUGGGUUCUCAGAGUCUUCUGCUCUUCUGUGACCACGGCCGACCUGCUGGGGAAGAACCGAGGACUGGAUGUGGUCUUCAAACUUAUAUCUCCACACACCACCAAGCACCUUCGCACUGUCAAGGCGGCCGUCGACGCGUUCGCUGCAAUGUUAUGCUCAAAGGUCAACUGUCGGACUGCUGUCGUGAAAGGCUACAUCGCAGAGCUUCUGAAGCUGUACGAAGACUGGCACAGCAAUGACGUUGACCUUAAGAACAUUCCUAUCCGUAGAGCCCUACUUUAUUGUCUGCAACGUGCCACCAACUCGGCUGUGGGCAGAUACGCCCUGGUCACCGAAGGUGGCAUUGGUCUUCUUUUCCAGACCACUCAAACCUGCUUGACCAUGAAAGGCCUUGAAUCUCUGGUGGAACCAGCGAUCCAGCUGAUGAGGAAGUGCAAUCCCAAAGUCCCUCUUCCACUGACCUCAGAUAAGAGCGCCUUCAGCUUUCCUCUUCCUGGGAGGCCUGUCGAUGACUUGGAUGCUGAUUUAGGACUUUACGAUGGCAGUUUAGAAGAUGACAGUGACGAAGACGCGGAGAACGAGGAGCCAGACAACAGGGACUACGAGGAUGACCUGGAAACAGAUGUGAACAAGCUCCGUCCCCGACCAGAGCCCGACCGGCCCCUAGAGCAGCUGGGCCAAUAUGUGCGUCUCUGCCCUGAGCUGCACCAUGACUUCCAGGAUUUGGACUCCAGCUCUGAGAUUGAUGAAAGCUCGGAUGAUGACAGCACUCUGGAAGGAGACUCGAACGACAAGAUGCCGAGUGACCAGAAAAGCUCCGAGCUGCCCUCCGACCUGCCCUCCGACCGAGAUGAAAACCACCUUCAGACGAGCGACUUCCAUAAGCAUUACCUCAACUGCUCUAGGAAAGGCCAAGAAGGCCACUCUAGUAUGGUGGACAGGCUUCUGGAGAAGUACGGGAUCUGCAUUCCCAAUCACGAUCCACGUCUCUACGCUGCCACUGCAGCUAAUACAAAGUCUAUUGCUGGAUAUUCCAUCCUAGCCUUCCCUGACUUCUGGGGACACCUGCCCCCACAAGAGCAAGAGCCCAUGGCUAAAAGACCACCGCAUGUGCAGAGAAAGAAAGUUUUCGAAGACAUUCAGCGUCUCAUCUGUCCAGAGGACAUCAUCAACAAGGUUGUUUUUGACAUGGACGAUCCCAGUCCACAGAGUUCUCCCGAUAUGUGUCCCAGUUCCCUUCGGUUCUUCUCCAAAUUUGAAAGUGGGAACCUGCGAAAAGCCAUUCAAGUCCGCAGUCAUGAAUAUGAUUUGAUUCUCAAUGCUGAUGUCAACUCCUCUGCACACUGUCAGUGGUUCUAUUUUGAAGUCAGCGGCAUGGUGGCCAAGGUGCCUUAUCGGUUCAACAUCAUCAACUGUGAGAAAGGAAACAGUCAAUAUAACUACGGCAUGCAGCCUGUGCUGUAUUCUGUGAGGGAGGCGCUGGAGGGCAGACCACACUGGGUGCGAACAGGCUCUGAGAUCUGCUAUUACAGAAAUCACUUCUGCCCUAGAAGAGAUCAAAAACGUUCUUUCUACACACUGACCUUCACUGUGACCUUUCGCCAUGAAGAUGACGUGUGCUACUUGGCCUACCAUUACCCUUAUACCUACACCACCCUUCAGACCCAUUUGAAGAUGCUGGAGAAGUCUGUAGACCCACGGAAAGUUUUCUUCAGGCAACAAAACCUCUGUGACACGCUGGCGGGAAACUCCUGCUCCUUAGUCACGAUCACAGCCUGCCCCACUUCCAGAGCCUGGAAACAUCUGCACCAGCUGCGUAACCGGCCAUGUGUGGUGCUGACAGCAAGGGUUCAUCCAGGAGAGAGCAAUGCCAGCUGGGUACUGAAGGGCACGCUGGAGUUCUUGUGCAGCAGUGAUCCUGUAGCCGAGAGCUUGAGAGAGGCCUACAUCUUUAAAAUCAUCCCCAUGCUCAACCCUGACGGAGUCAUUAAUGGCAAUAAUCGCUGUUCUCUCACCGCUGAGGACCUCAACAGACAGUGGCUGAAGCCAGACCCCAAUUUAAGCCCCACAAUUUACCACACCAAAGGCUUCCUCUAUUACCUCAACAGCAUAGGCAGGACUCCGCUGGUGUUUUGCGAUUACCACGGUCACUCCAGGAAGAAGAAUGUGUUUCUGUAUGGCUGCAGUAUGAAGGAAACCCUGUGGCAAUCUGGAUCUACCAUUAACACGGCCUCCCUGAAAGAAGACCCGGGAUACAGGACUAUUGCUAAAACUCUGGACCGGAUAGCUCCUGCGUUCUCCUUCAACAGCUGCAACUAUCUGGUGGAAAAGUCUCGGGCGUCCACAGCACGUGUCGUCGUUUGGAGGGAGAUUGGAGUCCUUCGUAGCUACACCAUGGAAAGCACUUACAAUGGCUGCAAUCAAGGCAUCUACAAGGGGUUGCAGACAGGGACGCGGGAGCUGGAGGAGAUGGGAAUGAAGUUCAGCCAGAGUCUUCUCACCCUCAGGAGGAACGCCAUCCAUUAUAACAGCCGUCUGAUCCACCACGCAUCUGCCCUGUUAGACCUGGACGACAGGCUUCUCGACCACAAAUCCAAUAAUUGUUUCGAGGACGACGAGCCGCCCUGCAUGGAGGAGAUCGAAUAUUCAUCCUACAGCGACCCGUCUGGUGCCAACGAACUGGACACAGAGGUGAACGGUAACACAUCCAGUGAGGAAGAGGAUGAAGAAGAUGCAGAGAUCUGUAGGAACGGGAGGCGGCGUAACGACAGCAAGUCCCACCACGUUCCUCACUACUUGAAACAGGACGCCCUGGAGACUCUGACGAUCAAGGGUGGACAGUGUAACGGCAUUGACAUCAGUAACGGCUACUUGUAUUAAUUAGGCCUCUUUUGUUUGUCUUUUCUGUUAUUUAUAUUUUAUAUUAGCUGAUCUUGAGAGUGAAACCAAAAUAUUUAGUAUUCAGUUUUUGUCCAAGAAUCAAAAUUAGACAUGCACACCUGCAGAUCAUUUACUAGCCCCUAAUAGAAACUAUUUGAAUAUGUAUUUCCCACAUAAAACUGCACUUGAAGAGUAAUUCACUAUUGGAUAAUCCUAAUGGCAUGAUGAGCUCAUACUUUAGUCUAUGUGGUGAAUCAUCUGCAGGCGUUGUGGGUUUGUUUACGAUCGCUCUUACUGUAAACUAGAGGCCGGUAGAUUGCUGUAUAACUGGUCUUCCAAUGAAACUAGUAAUUAAACACUUGACAUUGUAAGAUAGAACUGCAUAUAAGGUUUACCUUAAUAAUAUAUAUUUAUUAACUUAGAUUGUGAAAAUCAGUAUUUAUGGGUAUUAGUUCCAAAGUGAUGCAUACAAGUGAGAUAUAUAUAUAUAUCAAAAUUACUGUAUCACUUUGUUUCUUUUUUAUAUAUAUACACUAUCGUCUAAAAGUUUGGGAUCAGUAAGAUUUUAGUAUGUUUAAAAGAAGUCUCUUACAUUCAUCAAGGCUGCAUUUAUUUGGUCAAAAAUAGAGUAAAAACAGUAAUACUAUGUUUAUAUAUAUAUAUAUAUAUAUAUAUAUAUAUAUAUAUAUAUAUAUAUAUAUAUAUUACUACUAUUAUUCAGCAAGGAUAUGUUAAAUUGGUUUUAAAAAAUACAGUAAAGACAUAUAUUGUUACAAAAGAUUUCCAUUUUUUAAAUAAAUGCUGUUCUUUUUAACUUUUUAUUCGUCAAAUAAUCCUAAAAAAAAUGUUUCUAAAAAAUGAAAUGAAAUUAAAUAGAAUUAAAUUUGGUAGCACAACUGUUUCCAACAUUGGGAAUAAUCUUUUUAUUUUCUUUUUUCAUUUUAUUUUUGUUUUCAGAUAAUUUGUGUUUUUUGUUUGUUUGUUUUUUUUUAUUUCCUUUUGUUUUAUGUUAAAUAAUAUAAAUAAUGUAGUAAGAAUAUGAGCUAUUAUUUCAAUUUAAAAUAAGGUUUUUUAAUUUAAAAUUCUUCUUUCUGUCUUUCUUUCUUUCUUUCUUUCUUUCUUUUUAUUCAUCAAAGAAUGUUCAUUUCUAAAAAUAAAAUAAAAUAAUAAUUUAGUAGCACAACUGUUUCCAACAUUGGUAAUAAUCUUUUUAUUUUCUUUUUUUCAUUUUCUUUUCGUUUUCAGAUUAUUUGUGAAUUUUGUUUCUUUGUUAUUGUUUUUUUUUAUUUUAUUUCCUUUUGUUUUAUGUUAAAUAAUAUAACACAAAUAAUAUAGUAAGAAUAUGAACCAUUAAUUUAAUUUAAAAUAAAUUUUGAAUUUAAUUUUUUUCUUUUUUUUUUUUUCUUUUUUUUUUUUUUUUUAAUUUGUAUUCAUCAAAGAAUUUCAGUUCUGACAACUGCUUUCAACAAUGGUAAUAAAUCAGAUGCUGAAAAUUUGCCACCACAGGAUUAAGUAUUUAUUUAUGUAUUUUUCAUUACUAUUCAGCAAUGAUAUGUUAAAUUGAUUUUAAAAUAACAGUAAAGACUUAUUUAAUUCAUCAAAGAAUCCUGAAAAAAGUU